GGCCCGGCGGCGGGGCGGGGCCAGCGGCUACACCGGGCGGUGAUGGCGGCGGACGGGGACUGGGAGGAUUUCUAUGAGUUCCAGGAGUCUACCCCGAGCCCCCAGCGCCAGGAGAACUGCCACGAGAGCGCCGAAGCCGCGGCAGGGGUGGGCGAGGGAGGCGACGGCUUCCCGGCGCUGGCUUGCAGCUUGGAGGAGAAGCUGAGCCUGUGUUUCCGCCCCUCGGGGCCGGGCGCCGAGCCCCCGCGGACGGCUGUGCGGCCCAUCACGGAGUGCAGCCUCCUGCAAGGGGACGAGAUUUGGAAUGCCCUGACAGACAAUUAUGGAAAUGUGAUGCCUGUGGAUUGGAAGUCAUCCCAUACUAGAACUUUGCAUUUGCUUACUCUGAACCUCUCAGAAAAAGAGAUAAGUGACAGUUUGCUAUUUGACACAUCAGAUGAUGAGGAGCUGAGAGAACAGCUAGAUAUGCAUUCAAUCAUCGUCUCCUGUGUGAAUGACGAGCCCCUCUUCACUGCAGACCAGGUUAUUGAAGAAAUUGAAGAAAUGAUGCAAGAAUCCCCAGAUCCAGAAGAUGAUGAAACCCCCACACAGUCAGAUCGGCUUUCAAUGCUUUCCCAGGAAAUUCAAACUCUUAAGAGAUCUAGUACGAGCAGUUAUGAAGAAAGAGUAAAGAGGCUUUCAGUAUCUGAACUAAACGAACUGCUGGAAGAAAUUGAGACCGCCAUUAAGGAAUACUCUGAAGAGCUGGUGCAGCAGCUGGCCCUGCGAGAUGAACUGGAGUUUGAGAAGGAAGUGAAAAACAGCUUUAUUUCUGUUCUCAUUGAAGUGCAAAACAAACAGAAAGAGCACAAGGAAACAGCCAAAAAGAAAAAGAAACUCAAGAAUGGCAGCUCUCAGAAUGGGAAGAGUGAGCGAAGUCAUAUGCCUGGCACACGCUUCAGCAUGGAAGGGAUCUCAAAUGUCAUUCAGAAUGGCCUCCGCCACACCUUUGGAAAUUCAGGUGGAGAGAAACAGUACUUGACAACAGUCAUUCCUUACGAUAAAAAAGGUGGACCACCAUCUGUGGAAGAUCUUCAGAUAUUAACAAAAAUUCUCCGUGCCAUGAAAGACGACAGUGAGAAAGUUCCAAGUCUGUUAACUGACUACAUACUGAAAGUUCUGUGUCCGACAUAGGGCAGUGUCACUCCGGGAGCAGCUGUCUUGCAUGGACUACAGGCUCUAUUUCCUGUCGUGUUGUUCUGAAAGCUGGCUGCCAUUAGGACCUGCUGUUGGAAGCUCGGCACACUUGAACCUGGGUUUGGAUUCAGUAUUAAUAGAUCAUGCCUUCACUCAUGAUAGAGCCAGAACAACUAUGGCACUAUUUUGAAUUCUAGAGAUGGUUUUUGUUAAAUACUAACAAUUAUGAACUCUUCUCCAGCUUUGUAAAGGGGAGUAAUAAGAAUUGUGCUUGUGCAGUUACAUUUUUUCAUUGAGUUUUUAAGGCUUUCUAGUUCUAACCUGCAAUGAAGAACUAGGCUAAACCAUUGGGAAAUUUAUCUAUAGUUGUUCUUCAUUGAUGGCAAAAACCAACAUUGAUUUUUGUAAGAGAAUUAUCAGUAUAAAUAUUACCUAUCAGUGUUGUCCAGAGAGACUGAGAUUUAACAAACUUGGGCUAUUCUUGGAAGCAGUGAAACCAGAAUAACCAGAUGUGUUAUGUUGGUUUGGUAUUUAGUAAAUAUCAAAACUGUCAGACAAGACUGACUUUAGUUUGUUGCAUGUUUCACUGUUGUUCAAAUUUUAACCAUUAAGUUGCCAUUCACUCACUUUUACUUAGAUGUUUAAAUGUUUUAUGUGAAGUGUACUUUAAAAGGAGCUUGCAUCCUUUAAGGUGCUUAAGAAACGGUAUGCUGCAACAUUACCCACUUCCCAUCCUGUGUUCCAUUUUAUUCAUGUGUUUUCCCACAGUACUGAUUCUGGAAAUGGCUACUGCAUCACUAAUCAUGAAGUACCUCUGCCAGUUUCAAUCAAGUCAAUGUCAUAUAAUAAAUGUUGGGGGAAAAAGUAAUAUAUAUUUGAAGA